AGUAGACUUGAGCUUGUACUCGUGGACAGUUUAUAUUUUAUGUUCAGAUCAGCUGCGGCACAUUGCAGUCACAUUAAACUUUAUUGACAUUUGCCACUUAGAGCUGUUUCGCUAAACUUCUUUUGUUUGUAUAUUAGGUCGCCGUCGAUGUUAACAUCUAUUGAAUAUGGUUUGGUAAAUUUUUCUGUGGUUGAAUAUGUCAAGGCUGUAACAUUACUGCUCAGUCAAUGUUCCUUCGGGUGGCAAGUAUAAGUUUUAAUUGAUGACAGUCUUUGGACUGUGAAAUAUGUCGUGCUAUUUUUGGGACAAGAGGGAAAAAUGGCUAGACUAUCACUAUCCAGAAUGAGAAAAAAGUUUAUGAGGUUGCAUCCUAUUUGGCGUAUCUACAGUAUUUUAAUAAUUCUACUUACUUUGUACAACGAAGUCUUUAUUUAUGUCCUACAGAAGUUUAAAUGGUCGAAUAUUUCUUGUAAAGAAGAAAACUGUCUUCGAAUGCUGCUUGUCGGAGAUCCGCAAAUUCUAGGCCACUCCUUCGACUCCAGGUACUACUCUGCAAUGGCUAAUUUUGACUCGGAUCGAUAUCUGGCCUGGUACUACGAGAAGGCCGUCGAGCACGUGCAACCGGAUGUGAUAUGUUUUCUUGGCGAUUUGAUGGACGAGGGAAGCACUUCCAACGAGAAUCACUUUGAGCAGUACUUUGAACGGUUUGGGUCAAUCUUUCCAACGCAUCCAUCUGCGAAGACAAUUUAUAUACCCGGUGACAAUGACAUAGGGGGUGAUGCUGGUGAGGAGCUUAAACCUUCCAAAGUGCGACGGUUCCGGCAGUAUUUCAGCGAGAAGCCGGCUUGGAUCAUCAACGAUAACGUUACCAUCUAUAACAUUAACAAGAUCACACUCGAGAGGCCAUUGAAGGAUCCUCGGUUGGUGAACAAGGAGGGAGAGGACGUAUCGGAUCGGUAUAUCAGGAUCUUCCUGAGUCACUUGCCAUUUUUGAGCUCUCCAGGGACUUUUACUUAUGAGGCGAUAGGGAAGCUCAAACCGAAUGUGAUAUUCUCUGGACAUUUGCAUGCUUCCCGCUUCGUGCGGAUACACCGGAAGCGCUUGCGAGCGGCCACCUAUAAGCCACUGAGCGGUGACAAGAAGACGGCUUACAAAGUGCACACGUUUGAUUUAAGCUACCACCAGGACACGGAUGAAUUGCUGGAGAUUGUAAUUCCCACCUGUUCGUACAGGAUGGGCGUACCGGAGAUCGGUUAUGGAUUUGCAGUAAUCGAUGGCACCACAUUAAAGUAUACGGUACUGUGGACCACCAAACGCUUUCAUCAGCUGAUCUCGUAUGUGAUUGUGGUGGUCAUACCACUAGCAUUCCUACUACUGACAAUACUGUUUAAAACACUGAAAAUCAUAUGCGUGUGCCGGCGGAAUACGCGGUCGAAGCUUCCGAUUUGAAAAUUUAAAUAUUUCAUAUCUGCGGGUCGGGUGUCCAGGUGCAGCGAUUUACACAUAUUUAGUAGUUUGUAAGGUUAAGAAAAAAAAAGUCUGGAAUAAGUAACAGCGAUUGCAAUUUGUUGAUGUGAUUUUUGUUCUAAAUUCUUCAAUAGUGAAAUAUAUAU